UGGAGCAACAUAAUAUAAGACAGAGUGCUAAUCGUGGAAACCCCAUGCAGCUCUCAGUCUGCUGUCUAUAAACUUUUACUUGAUGCACCGAAGUUACAGCAAUAGCAGCUUCCAUCUGGGAUCUGAUGCUGUGAGCUUAAACUCCCUCUUUCAUCCCCAUCACCUUGCGUCACUGCGCAUGUGCGCCACGGAUCCGGCGCUGGAGAUCUAAUGCACGGCUGGGAGAGACGGUGAGAGCCUGGGCAUAGAAGGAGCUUGCUCAGGGGGAACAGCAGCAAUAAACCGUGAGCUGCUGCUGGAAGCGCAGCUAUCGCCGAGUCUCUCCAAUCCAUCCCCGGCCAGCAAAGGUAUGAAACGACCAUUGAGUCCAGACCACGUGCUAGAAAAUGGGAGGAUGAGCACGGCCAUGUUUCUGCGGUGCUUUGAAGAGAAAGUGGCCUGGACGGACAGGACAGACUGCCAGUUUUCCAAUGAAAAAAAAAAGAUCUUAUAUUCACUGUGCGACGUGUGCAACAUACAGCUGAACUCUGCAGCCCAGGCCCAGAUACACUACAAUGGAAAAUCCCAUCUGAAAAGAGUCAAGCAGCUCAACAAUGGGAAAUUACCGGCAAACACAUCACCCGGAUCUUUACUUGUCAGCACCAGCGCAGGCAGCACAUGUCAUACCACCGCCCUGCCAGCACUAGUUCGGACCCCCAGCCUCAUGAUGCAGCCGUCCCUGGAUAUGAAACCAUUUGUGUCAUUUCCCAUGGAAAGCAGUGCUGCUGUGGGAUUCUUCCCAAACUUUAACACUAUGGACCCUGUGCAAAAAGCAGUCAUAAACCAUACAUUCGGCGUUUCCAUUCCACCAAAGAAAAAACAAGUCAUUUCUUGCAAUGUCUGCCAGCUACGUUUUAAUUCUGAUAGCCAGGCGGAAGCACACUACAAAGGCAGUAAACAUGCCAAGAAAGUGAAAGCACUAGAGUCAACGAAAACGAAGCAAAAAAGCGUUUCUUCCAAGGACAGCAUCAAGGCUAUAUCCAGCUCUACAGCUAACCACAAAUCAGGUGAGGACAAGAGAUUAAAACAAGCUAGCAGUUCUAUUAGUCAUAGUAUGGCUGAGAUAAGGUCGUUCAUCGCCAAGUCAGAGGUUACAUUAACAGCAGUCAUCCCGGCGGCAUUUGUGAAGAGCGCUAAUGGCAGUGCAAUCACAGUUUCUGAGUCAGAAGAAGAGAAGGCCAAGAAACUACUCUACUGUUCCCUAUGCAAAGUAGCAGUCAACUCUUUGUCACAGCUGGAGGCACAUAAUACAGGUACUAAACACAAGACAAUGCUAGAAGCAAGAAAUGGUGCAGGUCCCAUAAAAUCUUAUCCCAGAUCUGGAUCCCGGCUAAAAAUUCUAAAUGGAAGCAAAGGUUCAGGGCUACAGAACAAAACAUUUCAUUGUGAAAUCUGUGACGUACACGUUAAUUCAGAAAUCCAACUUAAACAGCACAUCUCCAGCAGAAGACACAAGGAUAGAGUAGCAGGAAAACCCAUGAAGCCUAAAUACAGCCCAUACAACAAGCUGCAGCGCAGUCCUAGUAUUUUAGCCGCAAAACUGGCCUUCCAAAAAGACAUGAUCAAGCCUUUAGCCCCGACCUUCCUGUCUUCACCUCUAGCAGCGGCCGUAACCUCUACCCUCUCGUUACCGCCUCGGCCCUACAAUUCCUUAUUCCAGGGGACCGGUUUAACUCCAACAUUUCUAAGACCGGCGCAUGGUUCCAUUCGAGCAACUACUGCAUCCAUUCUGUUUGCCCCCUAUUAGCUACAAAGAAUACAAUGCUGGUAGUGGAAGCAGCACACGAGAGACAAGGGACUGGAACCUACAGCUGCAUUAGAGACUCCUUGCACUGUUGCUGCCUCUCUAACCGGGCCGUCUGGAAAUGAUAAGAGAGCCCACAUGCUCAGCCAUUCUUCGCCAUUAUUUAAAGCUCAGUAAACACAAUCACUGAAAUACUUGCAGUUUGUGUUAAGAAAAGCACACCUAGGAUUGUAUUUGCAACCUUGCCUGUGAUCCCUUAUGUGUUAUUUAUUGUAUUCAUCAGCAAUUGCAAAUUUAUUUUUGUUUUUAUUUGGGUUUUAUUUCCUGGCAGACUUGAAAAUGGGGAUCUUCUUAGUUCUUUGAUGUAAAUACAUGUUUGAAAUCCAAACGACCGUCUUGAAAGUGUGGAAUAUAUAGAUUAAAAAGUGCUUUAUUGUGGUUAACACCAAAUCAGUGGCUAACAUAAAAUAUUAAUCUGUGUGAUCAACUUGUAAAGUUUACAGGGAACGUGUUGUGUCGUCAUAGACCCUAAUGUCGUCUUGUAUAGUUCUAGAAUCUAGACGCUGUGUUACGAUUGGAAGGCAACUUUAGCUUUUAUUAGUUUUAUUCUUGUUUUUGUUCUGACGUUGAUAGACGAUCCAAACUAGAAAAGCCAUAUUACUUUAUAUUGCCAUAAAGAGAAAUUGUCUACAGUCUUUUGUUGCUUUUUCCAUGACUCAGCUAAGAUACUGGUAAAGUAGAGCAAAUAUAUGUCAAAUAUAUAUAUAUAUAUAUAUGUAUAUACCCAGAAACUUAGAUGAUCACAGAACAUUUGUUUGGAUCUAAUAAUAUAACCCAAGCUCUAUAUGUGUUUAUAGACACGGUAUAUUUUCUGUUUUCUUGUUUUCAUCAAAGCCACUUUAUUUUUGUGGAUCCCUAAUGCAAUAAUGUACAGAGUUUAUAUUUAUUGUCAGAUAUUUGUCCGUUAUUUUCUAGAUCCUAAUUGUAAUAUUUGCAUUUUACUGAAGAUGUGUUAAAUUAACAGAAUGCAGAUUGCAAUGUUCCAAUACUGGGUUGUUGCAGCACAUUAAUACAAGGGAGCACAAAAGAGAGCCUUUUCAAGCACAUUCAUUUAGAGAAGUUUAUUCUGCAGUAAUUAAUGGUUUUACUCUGUGUACUUUUUUUUAUGUACCUUUUCAAUAAAACAUCAUGAAAGGA